GCCGCCUCCGCCGCCAUGGCCGCCCCGCGGUGGGCGCCUCAGGUCUUUCGUUUACUAGGGGGUUUCAAAUUCCAAAAACAGGUGACCAGGCGUUUUAGUAGCACUACACAGACAGUAACUUUGAUUCCAGGGGAUGGCAUUGGACCGGAGAUUUCUGCUGCCGUCGUGGAGAUUUUCGAAGCCGCCGCUGCUCCUGUUCAGUUUGAAGAGAGGAGCGUGACCGCGAUUCAAGGGCCUGGAGGGAAAUGGAUGAUCCCUCAAGAUGCCAAAGAUUCCAUGGACAAAAAUAAAAUGGGGCUGAAAGGCCCUCUGAAAACUCCCAUCGCCGCCGGCCACCCGUCGAUGAACCUGCUGCUCCGCAAAACGUUCGACCUUUACGCCAACGUCCGUCCCUGUGUGUCGAUAGAAGGCUACAAAACCCCCUACACGGACGUCGACAUAGUUACAAUACGGGAAAACACGGAAGGCGAAUACAGCGGCAUUGAGCACAUAAUUGUCGAGGGUGUGGUACAGAGUAUCAAGCUCAUCACAGAACAAGCCAGCAAGCGUAUUGCAGAGUUUGCUUUUGAGUAUGCCAGAAGCAACCAUAGAAGCAAAGUUACUGCCGUGCACAAAGCAAACAUUAUGCGGAUGUCUGAUGGCCUGUUCUUGCAGAAGUGCCGGGAAGCGGCGGAAAGCUGUAAAGAUAUUAAGUUUAACGAGAUGUAUCUCGACACGGUGUGUCUCAAUAUGGUGCAGGAUCCAAGUCAGUUUGACGUCCUUGUUAUGCCAAACUUAUAUGGUGACAUUCUUAGUGAUUUGUGUGCAGGAUUGAUCGGGGGUCUCGGAGUAACGCCAAGCGGGAACAUCGGUGCUAACGGAGUUGCCAUCUUUGAAUCGGUUCACGGAACUGCUCCAGACAUCGCAGGGAAGGACUUGGCAAACCCGACGGCCCUGCUCUUGAGCGGGGUGAUGAUGCUGCGUCACAUGGGCCUGAUUGAACACGCCCGGAGGAUAGAGGCCGCUUGCUUCGAUACAAUCAGGGAUGGAAAGGUCUUGACCAAAGAUUUGGGAGGCAACGCCAAGUGCUCGGAAAUCACAGCGGAGAUCUGCCGAAGAGUGAAGGACAUGGAAUAAUCGCAAACACUCCCAC